UACAUAAAAAGAAAAUACAUUUAAAAAAACGACACGUUAUUUCUUCCCAGAACCUUCUUGUUCAAGUGGGUGCAAAAGUCAACGCAACCAAUUGCGUUGACUUUUGCGUCGCAACGUUGUGCAACAAUGGCGUCUAAAGGGAGACUGGUUUUGUGUUACCGCCAUGCAGCCAGUGCAGACACACACUCUCCAGCCAGGGUGGCUGUCGGGGGGGAAAGGAGGUGGAAUUUGCAACAAUGGCGUUGAGGGAGCACAGCUGAGUGAGCAUAGCCUCCUGCAACACAUGAGGCCACUGAAUGGAGGCACAAUGCCGCCUUUCACCCUCGCAAAAGAACAUGCAUUCAUAAAUGAUGCAACGUAUCUAUUAAAGCGUCUAACGUGCAUAAAAACGUGAAGAAAAGCACCGCUUUCAUAUCCAUUGUGGCGACAUGGCAUCGACAACACGACGUAGCAAUAAUGCUUGUUGUAAACGCGCACGCGAAUAUGUACGGCGGCGAGACGCGCGCUCCCGCUACUGUACGCGCACCUGUUGCACGCCGCGCGCCCCCACCCCCCCUCGACAUCAUAACAAGUUAUGAUUCAUAAAAUAUUACCAGCAGGCAAAAAAAAAAAAAAAAAAAAAAGUCCCGGAUGUGCGCCGCCGCACCCCCCUACAGGCCGUCGUCAGCGGCACACCUCGUGGAGGAAAAUGUCAUAAUAAUGCCACGGAAACAACUUACCCGCGUGGGGAAGACGAUUAUGGCCGUGGGUCAACAAUGGAGGCGAGGCUGCGCGGCUCGGAUGAUCGACGACUUCUCUCACACUGGCGCACUAUUUCCCUAUUCACUCCCAAGGAUGCGCAGUGACAACACUUGAACGGUUAAAGGAGGUGAAGCCGCAGGGAUUAAGCAGCGGUCGACACGCUGAUGGCCACUGUCUGCACACACCAACACAUCAGCAGGACGCCGUAGGGCCGCCACUCCAGCGCCUCACGAUGGCGUCCGUGACGGAAGAGCUGACCUGCUCCGUCUGCAGAGACCUCUUCAGCAAGCCCCACCCCCUGCCCUGUGGCCACAGCUUCUGUCCCGCGUGCAUCCGCCAGGCCUGGGGCGGCCCCGGCCAGGGCGAGGGCGAGGGCCACUUCGCCUGUCCCCAGUGCGCGGAGCAGCACGGCCAGGUGCUGUGCGACUGCUGCUCCCCGGAGGCGGACGAAGGCCUGGUCCACGUGGCCGUCAAGACCUGCCUGAGGUGCGAGGUGUCGCUGUGCGCCGAGCACCUGCGCCACCACCUGGACAGGCCGGCGUUCAGCAGCCACUUGCUGGUGGAGCCCCUGGGGGACGUCUCCCGGCGCAAGUGUCCCACGCACACGGAGGUGUUCCGCUACUACUGCGCCGACGAGAGGGUGUACGUGUGCGGCGACUGUCUGCUGGAGGGAAGCCAUGCUCAGCACGAAGUCAAAGGUCUCAGACAGGUGGAGGAGGAUCUAAAGGAUAUUCUUCAGACACUGCUGGGAAAAUCUGAAGACAAGCUGAAAAACGGCGAACAAAUCCUCAAAGACUUUGCCAACAUCAACUCUACUAUUGCUGAUUCUCUGAUGGAGGAAAACGCCCAAGUGGAGCGGCUGGGCUCGGACCUGCAGGUCCAGGUGGAGAAACUGGUCGCGGCUCUCAUGGAGAUAACCAAGAAGGACAGACAGCAGGUCAUCGAGCGCGUGCAUGAGGACUGUUCCAAACUGAGGGAGGACCUGAGCCAGACCACGGGCAUCCGGCGCUACUUGGCGUCGCUGUUGGCGGAGAGCGACCCCUUCCUGCUUAUAUGGGCCUUUCAGUCUGAUGACACAAAGCUAGUACCUGACCUAAACAGUCCACUUUUCACCCCAGAACCGGUCAGUUUGGACAGAAAGCACAUUUUGGAGGAGAUGGAGGGCAAAUAUGGAGAGUUCAUCAGCGCCACACUCCGCUGCCUGAGUGAACUCAAGAGGGAGCUGUUGACCAGUCCUCUGACUCUGGACGCCACCACCGCACAUCCUCUUCUGAGCGUCUCGGACGACUUGCAGUUAAUCACCAGGCUUCCGAGUCGCCAGCCCCACGCGGACCACCCGGAACGCUUCGACCACUGGCCACAGGUCCUCACAGUCCAGAGCUUCUCUGCCGGCACUCACUACUGGGAGAUGGAGGCUGAGGGGUUCUGGGACGUCGCCGUCUGCUAUAAGAGUAUCGGGCGAAAGGGGAAGGAGGGCAAUGCCUUCGGCAACAACACGGUCUCAUGGAGUCUCACCCAGCAACAUGACAGGAAGCUGGCCGCUUGGCACAACCGGAAAAAAACCCGUCUCGCGCACAAAAUGACCGGCAAUCGUGUCGCCGUGGCUGUGGACUACAGUUCCGGCACCAUCACCUUCUCCGAAGUGGGACCAUUGAGCAACCUGACCCACGUUCACACUUUCUGGACCACGUUCACUCAGCCAGUGUCCUUGGGUUUCGGACUUUAUAAGUCGGAGCUCAACAGCCGUAUUUCGUUUAUUAAAGUCUAAAGGGACUGAGAGUGCAAUACGGAGGGAUACACUCGUACAACUUGGUAUGGAAACUCACGAAAAUGUGAUAGUUAGUGUCUCAUCGCCCGUCUUAAUUGGGUUACAGAAACCUCAAAACGUAGGAUUCUGUAAAGAACAUUUUAAAACUAAGGGCACAUUUCAACAUUAUUAAAAAUUGUUUGAAACAUUCUAAAAUAGUACUGAACCUAAUGUAGUACUUGCUGUCUACUCUAUUCCAGUGGUGUGCAAACUACGUCUUCAAUUUGGCCCGGGAGACGUCACAAGUUUAAUAAGGGAUCUGGCCGCAGGGAUAUGGCAUUCACUUAUAUGACCCAAUGCAAGCAACCUUCCCGAGUCAUGGUGCAAAAAAAAAAAAAAAGUAUCGACAUACAUUUUGGUACCUGUACCAAAAUAUUGGUAUCGGAACAACCCUAGUAUUUACAGUAGAACAGUGAUUCUUAACCAUAGGGCCAGGGCUCGUUGUUGGGCUGCCAACAAAUAUUGGUUUCUCAGUUGUAAUACACUUUUCCACCACUUGUGGCAGUAAUGACAAUAUAAAACAGGGGUAGUUGUAAUACACUUUUCCACCACUUGUGGCAGUAAUGACAAUAUAAAACAGGGGUAGUUGUAAUACACUUUUCCACCACUUGUGGCAGUUAUGACAUUAUCAAACAAAAAGAAGAAGUCUGUAGCUAACGUUAUGGAGAAGUCUCUUAAGCGCAAAAAUUAUGACUAAAGGGAUUUUACUUUAACUUUAUUGCCAAUUUUAUUUAAGAAACAUGUUCAUUAUAGUUUUAAGUAAUAUAGACAUUUA